AUCAGAUCCUUCUGAAAAUACCAGUCAUCAUGAACGCUAAGGUCCUCCUCCUGGUGUGUCUUGCAGCCGUUGUUACUGCGGACAGUUUUGAAUCUGCUGAAUCAGGCGAAUACAACUUCAACUGGGCCGUCAAACACGACGACUCCGGCAACGACUUCGGACACCAGGAAGCCCGCAAUGGAGACAACACUCAGGGAUCCUACUACGUGCAGCUCCCCGACGGCCGCCUGCAGACCGUGAGGUACGUCGUGGACGGCGACGACGGCUACGUGGCCGAGGUCAGCUACGAGGGCGAGGCUCGUUACCCCGACUCCAAUGAAUCAAAGUGAGAAGUCUGUUAACCUCUCCGUGAAAUGAACCGACCUAGAACUCCACCGAUUUAAUGUUCAUUAGAACUUUAAUUCUGUUUCUGGCGCUAGAAUUGCUAAUGCUACAUGUCCCACCAGUCUUUCCGGUUCAUUCUCUCCUAGAGAAUGGCCCAGCAGGAAUUCGGAAUGCAAUGAUUAUUUAUUCCAAAUAAAUUAUCUAUUCAUCA